AUCAUAAGCUCAAAGCAAAAAUUCUACGGCGGUUGCUCGCUUUCAAUAGACCAUGCAGAGCCAUCAAUGCCAUAACCCAAACAUUUUGGGGUGGUCUACUCUAUUCACGCUAUAAUAAAUGUAUAGCAGCUUCAGGAGAUCGAUACUACGUGGAACUGGCCAAUUGUAAUGACGAAGAAGAUGAACGAUUUAAUUUAGGCUCGGUAACAUGUGCUGGAAAAAAUAUAUCGGACGUUAGUUGUUCUUAUAAUCAAUAUAUGGUGAUAAAAGUUGCGGAAUAUUGUGGAUUAAGAAAAGGAAGCAUUUGUGGUUCAAGUUUUGAUUACAAUUGCAGUGUCGAUGUAACAUGUGACCUUAAAAAUUACCGUGAUGGUGAAAGAAAUUGUAAUAUAACUGUUGAUGAUAAUCAUUUCCCUUCAAAUAUUUGUCCUGGUUUGGAUAAAUAUCUUUACUUUGAAUAUCAAUGUAACGACACAAGUAUGCCACACAGAGAAAUUUGCAAUCUUCAUGAUGUACGCCUGUCUCCGAACAAAGGUAUCGUAGAUGUUAUUACCAAGUUUAGAAACUUAACGAUCUGCAAAAAUGGAAUUUUGCAUAAAGAAAAGACAAUUGUCUGUAAGCACUUUGGUUAUACUACCGCAACAUCUGUGGAAGGCUCGAUGCCACUAUCAUCUUUGAUGUAUCCAUCAUUUAAACCUGGAAAUAUAAAUUGCAAAGUUCAAGUGAAUGAUUUAUCUCAAUGCACCAUCACUCAAAAUAAUGGUUGUUCUCAAUACUCGUACAUAACAUGUAAGCAAUCUUAUUCAUUCUUUUAA